GUAGACAGUAGCCUUUACUCCAUAGUUACCUCAACUUCGUUCUGAAGAUUUCUUCCACCAUGCCAUGUCUUCGGCCAAUGAAGAUGCAACAUCGCCUCUCAAAAAGCUGCUCACAAUUUACAGCGGCCACGUCUUACUUCGAAAUCAUUUGAUUUGAUUUGGAGGUUGUGGUGGUGUAAGAGCUGGUGGAAUAAUAAUAACGUGUGUGGUCUCUUGGGUAUCGUAUUGCCUUUUUUAAGCGAGGAGAGGAGGUGUUCAUUCAUUCAUUGGCAGUAAGCGCGCCACCUACUUGACAGCCUUGUUCGUUGAAGCAUAAAGCCACGAGAACGGAACGCACUUACUUGACCAGCCUGGUACUAUUGGCUGCUCCGUUAUUGUUCUUGUUGGCAUUCAAUCAAGCAUCCUUUGAAAUUGAACUGACUGAUACAUCAGCCAUUUUAGCAGUAGCGUCAAGUUGAUCAGGGUCUCUUUGACUGGAAUCAGCAUCUCCCUCCUUUCCAUUGCGAAGCCUACAAGAGUCUGAGAUCUCAUCUAUCCUACACAAGCUAACCAAAGACAGCAACAACAGAUAGAUCAUCAUCACCAUGUGCAAUUACGACCGCCUUCCCCGCGUUCCUUCUACCGCCGACUUGAAUGACGUCAGGCCCGAAGACAACGAGUUGUGGACCAAGGAUCAUGGUGCUACUACACAAAAGCUCUUGGCGUGUCCGUACAAUGGCGGCGCCAUGUCGGUCACAUUGGUAGCAUCGGCUCUCUUGACAUCCUGUAUCGUUACCUUGUUUUCUCUCUACUUUCCCUUUUGGUUGGCUCCUCAGGCUGCCAAAAAGACGUACAAUUUGGCGUUCUAUCAGUACAAUCAAGACGCACUCCAUCAUUUCGACACGACGGCAUGGACGUACGGAACCGACUAUGGACUCGCCACGGUCAUGGUCUACUUUAGCUAUAAACUCUACCGACAAAUUCAGAGGCAACAACCGUCCACGGCACCCUCUCGCUUUUGUCAACACAGUUGGGGACUGCUUUUGGGAUAUGCGGCUAGUACGACCGCCGGUGCGGUCGCGCAUCAGUACUAUGCCACACGCCAGGAUCGCAAUACGUGGCAUUUUCGACUCUUGUGGACGAUUUGUGUCGGUACUGUCACGUACGCCAGUGCGCCCAUGGGCUCUAUCGCGAGUGAAAUGGCACGGCAGUUUCAGCCCCACAUGACCACGUCGACGCUGUUGACACGCUACGUUAUUCCCGAAACGUUUUGGAAAGUCUUUGGCAUUGUCACCACGGCCGUUUGUGCGUUUGGAUGGUUCUCCUAUCAACGACCCGCCUGUGAUAUCUUUAUUGCCGGAAUUACCCAAUUCCCAUCCAGUUUUUACGUCAUUGCCGCCAUUUUCCAGAUUGGACGAGAUCCUGCCGUCGCGGCAUUUGUCACGCCCACUAUGCAAUGGAUGGGCAUGCUGGCAUUUAUUGGCAAUGCUCCCCUCUUGCCACUGUAUCCGCUCUUGGUACAGUACACCGAUUGGAGUUUGGCCAAUGUCAAUACGUUUUUGCAUACGUGGUUGUUUGUUACCUGGAGUAUGCAGGCCAUGACGGUCAUCAAUAUGGAAAAGGCCAUGGCGGAUCUACAGCAUCGUCCACCCAUGGCGGUACCACAGAAAAUCAAGGACGCUUGACUGCUGCUGCCAACAACAACGGUGCUCGAGCAGAUGAUGAUGACGAGAUGAAAAUGAGCUUCUGUUCUGAUCUGAUCGAGCUGAACAAGCCAUUGACUUUCUGCUUUCUUUGUGACAAUCAGUUUUGUUCAUUAGUAUCCCUGCAUGUUAACAAGGAAACCCAUUCACACACGCACCUACCUUUUUGUUGUUGUGGAGCUUGCUGUAUGCUACUUAAUAAACUACUUUGCGGACCACCACCACCAAAAUCACCCAAUACUCAUCCUCUCCAACCCAAAAUAAAAAAUACAUACAUAGGAAUAGCUAAGCUAAUUACUUGUCUUUUUGCAUG